UCAUCGAUCUGCGCCAGAAGAGUGCAACACGUCCAAGAUGGCGUCGUCAGGAGUAAAUGCGAUUGAUGUACAGGAGAAAAGGAAACAAGUGAUGGUCGGUGAUCUGCCCAGUGAUUUUCUUCGUAUUUCCCCCACCGAUCAACAGCAACAACUAUCAGCAGAUGAGCAAGCAGCAGUCGCAUUACAGCAUCAGAUUUCUGGAGGAAGUUUUGCUCCAGCUAAUGUGACAGGAAGGCUAAGUGUUGUUAUAUCAGAGGCAAAGUUGAACAAGAACUAUGGAGUUACGAGAAUGGAUCCUUAUGUUCGUCUUCGCAUAGGACAUACAGUGUAUGAAACCCACACAGAUUACAAUGGAGCCAAGAAUCCACGCUGGAACAAAAUGUUUCAUUGCUUUUUAUUUCCUGGGGUUAAAACCUUUUCUGUUAAUAUAUAUGAUGAGUGUGCAUUCAGCUUAGAUGAGAAAAUAGCUUGGGGACAGUAUCCUAUACCCGAAUCAGUUUUUAAUGGCGAAACAGUAAAUGAGUGGUUUCCUCUGACUGGAAAACAGGGAGAAGAUAAGGAAGGAAUCAUUAAUAUCAUUCUAAAUUAUGUGCCUAUUCCUGGCACACUGGUCUGUCCUCAACCCAUGGUGAUGGUUACGACACCUACGCCAGUUCCUUAUUACAGUGUGGUGCCAAAUGCUAUGCCUUAUUAUUCACCAGUUUAUCCCGUUGCUCAGUACCCUAAUCAACCAGGCGUUCAAGCAGAAGUACCAGUACAGAUAUUGGACGAAGAUAUUAAACAGGUUCACGAAAUGUUUCCUAAUAUAGACAAAGAAGUGGUCAAGACAGUCAUGGAGAGUAAUCGUGGUAAUAAAAAUAGUACCAUUAAUGCGUUACUGAUGAUGAAUUCGGAAAGCUGAAGUUAGCACUGUACAAAGUUGUAAUUUAAAUCGAUCACCCAGUCUUAAUCUGGGCCAUUCCCAAUCAGUUUAAUUAUUCCAAAAAUGGAUAAAUUUUAUAAUUUAAUUAUCUUGUAAGUAUUUGAUCUUGUACAUUAUUUACAGUUUAAAUGUCUGUCAGUUUCCCUUAAUGUUUUUAGUAGCUAAAGCCAGCAUUAUGCAGAACUUGAUGUACGUAAACAAGAAUUUUAUGAUAUGUAAAGUAUUUGAUACCAAAGUAGGAACAUCAUUUAAUUUGAAAAAAAUAUAAUGUAUAAAUAUUAGCUUUAUAAUCAAGAAAUUAAUGAUUUAGCUUUGUAAAUUUCAAUUAUUUUAAAGUAUGUUGUAACUAUGAAUAUGCAUAGCUGCUACCAUACCAAAUUUAACUGUCGUUAAGGGCACCACUUCUGCAUCAUUUAGUCACCGUUCUUUUCCAAGUAUUUAAUUGCAGAGUAAUGUUUUUGUGCCAAUUUUAAGUGAUGUACCUCUUAAUGUGUGUGAAAAUAAAGAUUAUACAUUUAUAA